GAUUGGACGAUGGCAUUCGGAAUCAGUGUCGAGCGUUGUAUUUUAGCUUUUCUUCUUCUUUACGUUUGUGUCUUUGGGAAAAACUUUGUAUAUGCUGAUGAGGACGGGUCGGAGGGAGAGAAUGGUGGCGAGAUCGGUGGUGGAUUCGGCGGUACUGGUGGUGGGAUCGGUAGUGGUGGAGGCGGGAUCGGUACUGGUGGAGGCGGGAUCGGAGCUGGUAUUGGUGGUGGUGGGAUCGGAGCCGGUGCCGGUGGUGGUGGGGUUGGAGAUCCUACUCAAUUUUUUUCAAAAGCCUUGCAAUGUUUCAAUGAUAGAUAUAUUUAUAGCAGGUGUGAAGAAUCAUGCAGAUUGAACGAGAAAGGAAACCUGAACGUGCCUAAAGAGAAAACUGAUAUGUUCUGCCAAGGACCAUGUCUGUCAGAGACCAACUUGGUCCUCAAUUGUCUGAAUAACGUUUUCAGCAACUUCAUAUUCUACAACAAAGCAACCAUCCACGACAUCAGAAACACAAUCGAAGCUGCAUGUAGCUAUGGGUCUCAGAGAGGAAACUUCAAUGUGGCAGAGCACAUUCAGAAUGAUGAAAACAAGGCUUCUCCAAAGGCUACUGCUAGCCAUGCUGUAAUGGGACUUGCUGUUAUCGUAAUGGGACGAGCUCUGUUACCUCCAAAUUUCACAUAAAACUAUGCUCAUAUAUAACAGUUAUCUAUGCUUCUCAGUUUUAUGUGUAGUUAAUCACUCAUAUGAUAUGUAGUAUAAUAACCUAUACAUGGGAAAAUAGUAGGUAUUUAUAUACGUAUAUGGAGUUGUAUGUAUUAUGUGUGUGGAACAGAUUAAUGAUAUAUAAUAUAUGAACUGUUUCGUAGAAAUCUUAUUGUUGACUAGAAAUAAUACAAAUUCAAAACAUAAAAAUGAAUGCAAAAACUUCAGGGGCAU